GAAAAGAUAAAAAUUGAAAACAUUCAGAAUCGGAAAAUUUUGUAAAUUUUACCUUUUUAACGGGGAAAAAUCCAAUUUUUAUCAAUUUUUGUUGUGUGAAAGUCCAGUUUUUGGUCGGAGGAAGUCGUUAAAGUGGGUGUCGUUCGUCGCAGAGCCCAAAGUGAUUCAAAUUCGAGGUGUUAUUGAACUACACAGCGGCACAGAUGAUGGCGCAACGGUAAACAAGACGCGAUGCUGUUGACGAUGAAUUUUUCUACUUUUUCACUGUAACGCAAUUUUUCUCACGAAAAAAAAACAUGAAUUGAACAAAACAAACAAAAAAUGCUGAUAGACAAGAAGACGAGUGGCGCUGAAGUGUCUCCGUCGCCAUCGCCGCCGCCCGUCAUCGAUGCAAACAUCCUCGGAAGAAUGUCCGGCCUCGAUUCGACGCCAUUCCUCAAGACAAUCGAGUGGGACAUGAUGGACAAGCAAAAAUUCUUCCCGCUUUCCAUGCUAAGUUCCUUCUCGGUGCGCUGUUGCUUAUUUCCGCUGACCGUCAUCAAGACGCAACUUCAGGUGCAGUUCAAAAAUGACAUUUAUUCCGGCAUGUUGGACUGCGGCGCCAAGAUUUACCGCAACGAAGGCAUCAGUGGACUGUAUCGGGGCUUUUGGAUUUCGUCGUUUCAGAUAAUUUCCGGUGUUUUUUACAUCAGCACGUACGAGGGGGUGCGACAUUGGCUUAGUCAACAUAAUGCCGGGCAACGAACAAAAGCUUUAAUUGGCGGGGGAUGUGCUUCGAUGGUAGGACAGACGAUUAUUGUGCCGUUCGAUGUGAUAUCGCAACAUGUGAUGGUGCUUGGCAUGGGAGCGAACGGGAAAAAACAGCAUGGAAAACACUCGGUGAACCCGUUGGGCAUCAAAUUCGACCAAAAUACGCCGAAAUUCCGACUGGGACUCGCUGUGGCGGGCGAAAUUCUGCGACGUGACGGUUUCCUCGGGUUUUAUCGCGGCUACACCGCAAGUUUAAUGGCUUACGUACCGAAUUCAGCGAUGUGGUGGGGCUUUUAUCACAUGUACCAGGACGAGCUGAUCAAAGUGAUGCCGGAUUGGGUGUCGCAUCUCUUCAUUCAGUGCGUGGCGGGCAGUUUUGGCGGUUUCACGACAACAAUUAUCACAAAUCCGCUCGAUAUUGUGAGGGCACGGCUGCAAGUGCAGCGUCUCGACUCGAUGAAAGUGGCGUUUUGCGAGUUGUGGGCCGAGGAACGGAUGCGGAUGUUCGUGAAAGGGCUGUCAGCGCGUCUCGUACAGUCAGCUGCCUUCUCAUUUUCCAUAAUUUUAGGCUACGAAACGAUAAAACGCGUGUCCGUGAACGAACAAUACCGACAUAUGGUCAAGUGGUAGACAAGAAGUGGCAAUUAUUCACACAAAUUAUUCGUAGUUAGGCUUUAAGUUUUAUAAAUUCACACAAAAAAAAAUAUUAGUUGACAAUUUUUCUUAAAAAAAUUCUUAAAAAAAUCCCCGAUAUCCAAAAAUAUUUAUUUUUUUUUUAAUAAAAUUAUUUUUUUAUCAACUCAUAAAUAGGCACUAACAGCUCAAAACCUCCGAUCACUACUUAUCUUUUUAAAAAGAGCUUCAGUGAGUAAAAAAUAUUAGUAAAUGUUGUUAUAUGAUUGUUAAUGUGAAUCGUAGAUUAGAGGAAAUAAAAUUAUUAGUUGUAAACUUUUGUAAAGAAAAUUACCAAAACACUUGUUGAACUUAGA